AUGAGUUAUAUGCUAGGCCAUCUACACAAUGGUUGGCAAGUAGAUCAGGCCAUUCUAUCAGAAGAAGACCGUGUAGUGGUUAUAAGGUUUGGACACGACUGGGACCCAACAUGUAUGAAAAUGGAUGAAGUAUUAUACAGCAUUGCGGAAAAAGUAAAAAAUUUUGCUGUCAUAUAUUUAGUUGACAUUACAGAGGUUCCAGAUUUUAAUAAAAUGUAUGAAUUAUACGAUCCAUGCACAGUGAUGUUCUUCUUCCGCAACAAACACAUAAUGAUUGACUUGGGGACUGGCAACAACAAUAAAAUCAACUGGCCUCUCGAAGACAAGCAGGAGAUGAUUGAUAUUAUUGAAACUGUGUACAGAGGGGCAAGAAAAGGACGAGGUCUUGUUGUCUCACCGAAAGAUUACUCUACCAAAUACAGAUAUUAGUUUAAUUUAAAAUAAUGUUCCACCUGAAUGGUCUAGUAAUUUGUAAUCAUAUCUGACAUCAUAGUCAUCAUAAAUUUAGUAAUGUAACUUUUUUUAUAUAAAAAUAAGAACUAUACAUAUUACAUUAUAACUCAUAUGUUUUUGGAAUUAUGCUGUUCUUUCUGAUAUUAAACAAAUUAAAAGUAGAAUAAAUGACAAGUUUUAUGCUGAUGUAGAUCCUUUUUUUUGUGUUGCAAUAUCUUCAUCAUUGAAAAAAAUAA